GGUGCGAGGAGGUAUGUGUAGUGUACACGUAAAACUUGGCGUAUGCAAUUCAUCCAAUGUGCAGGUACCAGUGAAGAAGAUCAGCUCUUUACGAGUUUGAAUGUUCAAUUGAAUCUUCAUUCCUGUACCACGAACCAAACCACCAGCAGUGAUCUACAGGCUUAAAACUUGGUUCUUCGUCUUCAGAACAAGUCUCAUCAUCAUCAUCAUUGCAGAUACGAGAAAAAAAAGAGUUAAACUACUAAUUCUGCUGCUCACUCACUCACUACUCGAUCAUCAACCAUCCGAUCAAAAAUUAUACCGUUUGCCAUUGAUUGAGUAUAUAUAAAAAGCUACGUAGUGACGACGAACACGACGACGACGGUUUGUAAAUUUGGUGUCGAAUGCAAUUUGAAAAAUAUUGGAGGAGGAGGAGGAGGAAAUUCACCUACCGGCGAAUCUAAUCCGGAUUAAUGAUUAAUUAGUGGACCGAGAACUAAUUGUGCGCUUGUGGCUAAAAGUCAUUAACUUUUCAAACAAAGUGAGAGAGAAGUGAACCUAAUGAGGAUCUGGUUUAAGUUGGAGUGCAAAAAUUUAUACGUAAAUACUUUGAUGAAGUGAGAGGAAGCAAUUUGAUCCACAUGUACGUAACAUAAUGAGUUCGCAAUUAGUAUGAAUAUGAAGAGAAUCAUAUGAAAAUUAUGUGAAUUAUAAUGUGAUUACCAUCCCGUAAUUUAAUUUGAAAACGAAUUUGCCCCAUUAUUUUGAUUGAUUGACAGCAGACGAUAGAACAACAAUGGCACCUGGUUAGCAAGAUUGUGCUUGAAGAUUGGAUGGUGAAAGAAGACAAAGUUUGCUGUUUUUUUUUGAGGGGAUCAAUUUUUGUAUAUGAUAAAAUCAUCCCGAGUUUGUGAUGUGAUUGGUUUUUGUGUGAGUUAUGGUGUAAAUCACAAAUUUGGAGAGAAAAGUGAGAAAGAAAGUGAGAAUUGAGCAUGUUUGUGGAGUGAAAGUAGGGAGAAAUGUAUCGUGGAAGUGGAGAACAUGCUUGUCUCCGGUGCAAAGAGACGGUAUAUCCGGUCGACAGGGUGGGACCCUUAAAGGAUUUCUCCUUCUUCCACUCUGGCUGUUUUAAAUGUUGCGUUUGUGGAAGUCGACUCAGCCUCCGGACAUACUACCACUCGCAACAUGACCAAGAGGACAAGGAAGUUUACUGCAUUUCACACGUACCAAAACCUGGUCCUGGGCAUUUGGACGGUAGUGCGGUAGGGAUCAGGUCGGCACUAAAUGUCCCGAAAUCUACGACUUUUGUCAAUGAGCAGAUUCGCGCAUCCGGUAAGGGAACCUUGGACCUGGAAAGUUUGCAUAUUCGGUCAAACAGCAGGGGGGAAAAUGGUUCACCAGCCUUUGACGGGGCAGGUCCCACAAGUCAGGCGAACGUCACUAACAAGGGUACACCUGGUCAUAAUUAUGGAAGAUUUGAUGCUUCAGCCCUACACAUUGCGCAUGCGCUAAGGGCCACUCAGAUUCAAAAGGCGUACAAGAAGGAGAAACCACUUCAUACUUAUCUUCCCAAAGAGGAACAAACCGAGUUGGAAAUGAAGUUCCGGAAAGAGGAAGACAUAUUGUACCGGAAGUUUGAGAAAGCGAGGAAAGAAGAGGAAGCUCGUAUUCAUGCCGAAUUCAGAGAAGAAUGGGAACGAGAACUAGACAAGUUGGCCUCUAAAUUCGAGUCAUUACGAGCCCAAGAAGAUCCCCAUACGAUAAAUAAACUCAGGGCGAGAGAAAGGGACGAGUUGGAACGCCACAUGACCAUUCGAAGGGACAAAAAGAGAGAACAAAUUACGAGAAAGUUGCUGGAACAUGAACGAGCUGCAACUGCCGCCUUGGUCGAAAAACAGAGCAAGGAAAUGCUCCACUUAAUCAACGAGAGAAAGCGAGAAUGGUUUGCUCGUGGGGGCGGAAGUGACGACGAGGAAGGACUUUCCUCCGAACUGGAAUCGUUCCCAUAUCCACAAAAUCCACCCCCACCUUCUCCCCCAGCCACGAGGAAGACGCAUAUUUACACUGACCCCGUCGAAUUCACAGAUAUUGACCAAAUUGCCAUAUCCGUGGCACAAGAAGACCAGAAAACAUUUACCGACCUCGUCCGAAAACUCGUUUCUCGUUGUGGCACGGACGUAGAAAAGGCGAGAACGAUCUUCCGCUGGAUUACUGUCAAAAACUUGAACGCCAUGGACUUUAGUGAAGAUGUCCGCACCGACACGCCCAUGGGACUCCUGAGAGGCAUUAAACAAGGAACUGAAAGUUACCACGUCCUUUUUAAGCGUCUCUGCUCCUACGCCGGCCUUCACUGCGUGGUCAUUAAAGGGCUCAGCAAAUCUGCGGGGUAUCAGCCGGGGGUAAAAUUUACAGAUUCGCGUUUCAGAAAUUCCUGGAAUGCCGUCUACGUCGCGGGAGGGUGGCGUUUCGUCCAGUGCAAUUGGGGUGCGAGGCAUUUAGUAAAUGCGAAGGAGAGGGCGUCCAAAUCCGACUCGUUAAGAUAUGAAUAUGACGAUCACUACUUUUUAACCGAUCCGAAAGAGUUUAUUUUCGAAUUUUUCCCCACAACGACGGAAUGGCAGCUGCUCAAGAGGCCCAUCACUCUGGCAGAGUUUGAAGAGCUCCCGUUCGUUCGGAGUCUAUUUUUCCGAUAUGGACUUUACUUUCCUCAAGGGCAGAGUUGUGAUGGCGUUACCAACAGUCAUGGAGAUGUCAUUUCGCAUUGUAAAGCGGUCAUGACCACGGAUCAAUCUGGUGCUGCAACUGUUCGAAUCGGGAUGCCCCCACAAAUGGAAGGCUGCCUCAUAUUCCACUACAACUUAAAAUCAUACGAUAACGAGUCCGACACUUUUGAUGGCGUCAGUCUAAAGAGAUUCGUGAUGCAGAGUGUGACUCCUCCAGUCGUGUCAUUCCGUACGCACGCCCCCGCCUCUGGUGCCUUUCUCCUUGACGUCUUUGCCAACGCGGUAACACCGCGAGAAUAUCUUACCGGAGAACCGAUGAAGUUCAAGUCCGUUUGCAAGGUUAAGAUUGAAUGCGGCACUUUAUCGACAGUGAUGGUACCCUUACCCGACUGCGCGUCUGGAGAAUGGGGACCUGCCAAGGCCAAUCGUCUCUUUGGCCUUAUCCCCUUAACGCAUCCUGACCCCUUGAUAUUUUCUGGUCGUGAGGUGGCCAUCGACUUUUCAAUGUCUCGUCCCCUCACCGAUUUCAUGGCCACGCUUCACAAAAAUGGGACGGACGAGAAAAAAUUAGCCAAGUUUAUCAGUCAAUCCGUCCGAAAUAGUGAGGUCUCGUUCUCCAUCCAAUUUCCAGAAGAGGGUCAAUACGGUCUGGACAUUUACACGAGAGAAAUUGACACCGCAGAUGUCCCCACGACCUCCAAUGGGAAACAACUCUUGACCCAUUGUUGCAAAUAUCUUAUCAACUCGUCGAAAAGAAAUGCGACGCCUCCAUAAAUAAAUAAGAAAAUUAAUAACAUUUUCUUAUAACGACACAAUUUAAUACGACCCGACAACAAAUGCAUGAACGAGCACCAUUGUUAAAAUUACACUGUAAUUAUUAAUUGAGUUUGUAAACUAAAUAUUAUGCUACUUAUUACAUAAAUUGUUCAUUUUUUGUGGUUUGUUGCUAUUUAAUUAAAAUUAUUAAACUACUGAUGGAUAAGGAGGGAAAGUGCUGGUUUGAUGUAAAGUGAAAGUAUGUAUACUUAUCUAAGAAAAUGCACAGUCUUUGCCACAAAAGUAAUUAAAUAUCAAUGAAUUCGUGUUAACAAGAAUUUUUUUUAGUCCAGUCCAAUUUAUUCACUCAGAAAAAAAGUCACAAUAUAUUUUAAAAUUACUUAUCAACUGUAAAAACAUAAUUUAACAAAUGAUGCAGCAGCAAUAUUGACAAUCAUAGCAAUUUCAUGUGUGGUUAACGUAACUUCUGACAAACUUGUGAAAUAAAAGAGAAUUUAAUUAUUGAAAGAAAGA